CCUCAAGCCAGCACAGAAGAUGAGCCUCUCCUGCGUGAGAACCCUGGUAAGUUCGUCAUUUUCCCCAUCCAGUUUGAGGACAUCUUCAAGAUGUACAAGAAGGCUGUUGCUUCAUUCUGGACGGUUGAGGAGGUUGACUUGUCCAAGGACUUGGCUGACUGGGAAAAGUUGAAAGAUGAAGAACGACACUUCAUUUCUCAUGUUCUUGCAUUCUUUGCAGCCUCGGAUGGCAUCGUUAAUGAAAACUUAGUCGAGAGAUUUUGCCAAGAAGUCCAAGUUCCAGAAGCGCGCUGCUUCUAUGGUUUCCAGAUUGCAAUGGAGAACAUUCACAGUGAGAUGUACAGUCUUCUGAUUGAUACAUAUGUUAAGGACCCUACUGAACAGGCAAGGUUGUUCAAUGCAAUUGAGACCCUACCAUGUGUGAGGAAGAAGGCUGACUGGGCCCUAAAGUGGAUUGCUCAUGAGACUGCCUCGUAUGCUGAAAGGAUAGUUGCCUUUGCUGCAGUAGAGGGAAUUUUCUUCAGUGGUUCAUUUGCUGCUAUUUUCUGGCUAAAGAAACGCGGUCUUAUGCCUGGUUUGACUUUCAGCAACGAAUUGAUCUCUAGGGACGAGGGGCUCCAUACUGACUUUGCAUGCCUGAUGUUCAAACAUUUGGUAAAUCGUCCUUCAAAUGAGAGAGUCCGGGAGAUUAUUCUGGAUGCUGUUAAGAUUGAGCAAGAGUUCCUGACAGAUGCCCUGCCCUGCAACCUCAUUGGCAUGAACUGUGUCCUCAUGAGGCAGUACAUUGAGUUUGUGGCUGACCUGCUCUUGGAACUGGGAUCCGAGAAGAUGUUCGGUGUUGAGAAUCCCUUUGACUUCAUGGAGAAUAUUUCACUUGAGGGCAAAACCAACUUUUUUGAGAAACGUGUUGGAGAAUACCAAAAGUGUGGUGUCAUGAGUCCUCCUGAGCAAAGGCACUUUACUCUUGAUGCUGACUUUUAGAGGGGUUAUUUCUUUCAUUAUUUAUUUUCUUUUCCAUUCCUUAUUUUCCAAUUUUCUGAAUAGUAAAAAACAUUGCCAAAGGUGUAGUGUCAUGUCUUCUGUGUUUAAUGCAUACUUCUGUUCAUUCUCCAUCUCAGUCUGUUUCUAACUCUUCCUUCCUUAUCUGACCAAAUUGGUGAUGUUUUAGCUUUCAU